CAUAAUUUAAUCUUACAGCUCAUUCAAUUCCCUCAUUUUCUUUUCUUUUUAACCUUUCUUAUCCAUUCAAAGUUUCAGUCUCUUCUUCUUGUUCUGUUUCUGUCCAAAAAUUCAUUUCAUUAGAAAGAAUCAAAGAGAGAGAGAGGAAUAAAUUUAACAUGUUGAACAAGAAUGGUGCCUUGCCUCUCACCUCAUUGAAUCAUAUCUCCAUUGUUUGUGCAUCAGUUCAGAGAUCAGUUGAUUUCUAUCAGAAUGUUCUUGGCUUCUUCCCUGUUAGAAGGCCAGGCUCCUUUGAUUUUGAUGGUGCAUGGUUGUUCAAUUAUGGAAUUGGCAUUCAUUUACUUCAAGCAGAGGAUCCACAACACCAACCUAAGAAAACAGUAAUCAAUCCAAGAGAUGAACAUAUUUCUUUCCAGUGUGAAAGUAUGACUGCAGUGGAGAAGAAAUUGAAGGAAAUGGAGAUAGACUACGUCGAAAGGCAAGUUGAAGAAGGUGGAAUAAACGUUGAUCAGCUCUUCUUCCACGAUCCAGAUGGAUUUAUGAUAGAAAUAUGCAACUGUGAUAACCUUCCAGUGAUUCCAUUGGUUACUGGAGAGCCAAUUAGGGGAUGCAAGAGGGUUGUGAGCUUGCAACAGCAGCAGCAAAAGGUGGUGCAAUGUCAUCUUUCCCAAAAUCAUGUCAAAGAGGAGACAUGUUCAUUAUGCAUGUGAAAAAGAAAAGGGGGAUUAAUUGUUCGGUGUGGUAUAUAAAAUGGUUCUUUUUCCUUUUUUAUUUUGUAUCUAAAGUUUAUUACCAUGUUUUUGAUUUUAAAAAUAAGCCGCUGUGCGAGUGUGACAGAACUGUUGA